AAACAAUGUAUAUCUACGUCGAUAUUUGCUCCAACGGUGAUUUAAUGAAAACGAUCUAAAUAAAUUAGUGCGGAAAAUGAAUUGGGUCUUAGUAUUUGUUGCGUCAUCUUCGCUUUUCUUCGGAAGCAGUUUAGCUGAUCUUAAGGCAUGUUAUGGAUGCAGUGGAGGCAACAAUUCUGCAUGUGCUUCCAAUACAUUCAACACAUCAAGCGAAGAAAUUUAUAUUUCCGAUUGCCUGAAAGUUUAUCACUUGUACAAUACAACAGAAGCAGUUUGUUUGAAGGUGGUAGGGUGGUCGGACGACGAUUCAAAUAUAGUCCAAAGAUCUUGCGCCCCUAAAACCGUUGGUGACACUGAAGUUUGUGAAUAUUUGACUAAAAAUAAUACUUAUACCCAGCUCUACGGCAUCAACGGGACAACAACAUGCAACACGUGCACAUCCGAUUAUUGCAAUGGAUCAACUUCACAUCUGGGGUCAGCGUUCGCUUUGUUUUUAAGCAUAUUUACAAUAUGGCAUGUAAUUUAUUAAUAUAAAAUGUAGAUUUUGUAAAAGGUAUCGUUUGAAAUAUAUCUCAUUAACCUAAA